AUGUCAAAUCCUAGUAGUUUAUCAACGGCGCAAAAGUGCUUAGUUUCACAAGAUGACGUAAACGAAUCAAAGCAAUCUGUUUUAAAAAAGUUUUUUAUCAAUAUCAAUGCAGAAGCAAAAAAAACAAAUUCGUGGCACGGUAAAUGUUCAAUAUGUUCACAAGAUGUUACUGAUAAAUAUGGCACCACAUCUAAUUUUGUACGGCAUAUGAAGAGAAAACAUAAUAUUGUAUAUGAAGAAUGGUUAGUUAAAAAGAAUGUGAACACUGAUAUGAAACAGCGAACACUUGAUGAUAUGAUUAAAGAAAAAACAAGCAAAUAUUUAUCAACUGAUUUCCGACAAGUUAAGUUAACUGAAUCAAUAGUAAAAGAUUUAAUAAUUGAAUGCGGUUUGCCAAUAUCAUUGGUUGAUCAAGAUGGUUUUAAAAGUUUUAUGGCUGCGGUGGAUCCAAUGUAUUCACUUUUAAGUCGUCGACAAAUAACUCGUGAUAAACUUCCAAAAUUACAUGAUAGAAUGAUUAUGAAAUUAAAAGCAUUAUGCAAUAAUGCUGAAUAUGUUUCAGUGACUUUAGAUGUAUGGACUGACAGACGCUUACGUUCUUACAUUGGCCAUCACACCGCUGAUGUAUUAUUGGCUGAAUUUGAAAAAGUGAUUAAUUAUUAUCAUAUUGAGAAAAAAUUAGUACGUUUGAUUACCGAUAAUGCAUCCAACAAUUUGAAAGCGUUUAAUCAUAUUUUACUGCCAGGUUUUGAAUCUUAUUUUGAAAAUGAUGUAUAUGAUAAUGAAGAAUAUGAUUUAACACAACAUGAGAAUGAUGAUUGUGAAGAAAUUUCCGAUGAUAAUUCAGAUGAUCAAUUUCAAUUAGUACCAUUAGAUGAAGAAAUUAUUCAGUGUGUUAGUGAAAAUUUAGAACUAUUACGUUUACCAUGUUUUGCCCACACAUUGCAGCUAGUUGUCAAUGAUGGUAUCAAACAUGCAGCUAAUGCAACUGCUGCCUUAACAAAAGUUUCGAAAAUUGCAAAAUUUAGUCACAGCAGCACUUUAUUUGCCGAAGAAUUAGAAAAUUUAAAAAAAACUAUACCACGAGCAACCCAAUGUCGUUGGAAUAGCCAAUUUCUGACCGUUGUUGCUGUUUCAGAUAUACCAUUAAAAACACUUAAUGAUAUUUUAAUUAAAUUAGAUAAAAAAGAAUUGUGUAUUACAGAAAAAAACAAAGAAGUUCUGGAUGAAUUUAUGACGUUACUAUACUUAUUUAAUGAAGCAACAGUUUUAAUUCAAGCUGAUCAAACAGUUACUAUUAGUAUGGUGGGACCUAUUCUGCUUAAUUUAUUAAGCGAUUUGGAACUGGAAAGAAAAAAAUCUGAACGUGUGUAUUUAAUGGGUGAUGCAUUAAUUUCUUCAUUAAAAACACGUUUUGGUGGUUUUUAUAAACAUUUCUCCAUUGAUACCGAUAAUUGUAAAGUCAAAAUUAAUACAAAUGCCAAUACAUCAUGCUUAUAUGGUGAUCCAAUUUUUUUAAUGAGUGCAGUUAUAGAUGGUCGUUUUAAGUUUCAAUGGAUCAAUGAUUGUACUUUAUUAUCUGAUUUAACUAAAACCAAUAUUAUUUCCACUAUUAAACAAUGUCUUAUUGAAGCAUCAAUAAAACUUAAUUCACAAAAUAAACUUGAUAAUGCUGAUGUUCAGAUUAUAACUGAAGAAGCUAGAAGCAACGAUUCAAACAUACCGUCUUCAGAUAAAGAAAAGAAAAAAAGUUUAUUUCCAACUUUAGCAAGUGGUUCAUUUAAAAAAGCAAAAGUUAGCAAUGCAACACCAAAAUCGGUUUUAGAUGAACUUGACGGUUUUUUAAAAGAAGACAAUAUGGCUCAUAAUCUUAUUUUUAAAAAUGCAAGUUCAUAUCAAUCUCUUUGUCAUCUGGCAAGAAAAAUUAUGUGUGUUCCUGCUACAUCAGCACCGAUUGAACGAGUGUUUUCGCAAAGUGGUCUUUUGAUGAGACCACAUCGUUCAAAGUUUUCUCAAGCCAAUAUUUGCAUUUUAACAUCUUUGAAAUGCAAUAAGAGUUUAUUGUAA